UUACGGGAGCAAACAACACAACUUAAUUGAGAUACAUAGUGCUCAUUUGCGGUGUGCAUAGCUCUUGUAAUGAUUGAUUUGUGCUAACAUGGUUCCCCAGCUCAAUGUAUGAAGAAUAUGGAGCUGACCUCUGCUUCGUCAGGGGAGUCUGUGUCCACCUGCCUGCUGGUGUGUCUGUCUGUCAUUGGCAGGAGCGCGUGAAGAACGCGUACGAGGAGAAGUGUGUGGAGAAUGAGGAGAUGUCGCGAAAGCACUGCGCAGCUCUCCUCCUCCAGCUGGAAGAUGACAUGGACCCGGUGGAAUCCUAUAUGAAGCCUGGGGGAUAUCAGCAGUUCAAGGAGCACCUGAACAACUUACUUCAAUUAUACAGAAACAAGCCGGCCAAAGGGGUGAAGGCAGAGGAAGCCUUGGACAACUACCUAAGCGAGAAAAACCGACUGGGGAAAAUCAUUUUGACAACAGAUGAGACAAUGUCAGAACAACAGAGGCAUCUUAAGGAGCAGAGAGCCCAGUUGGAGGAGGAGAAGCAGAGAGCAGCAGCAGCCCGAGAACAGCAGAUGGCUCUGGUGAUAAGAACGAAUGAUAUAGAAAGGGCUCGCCAGGAGAACGAGAGGCAACUGAUGGAGAAAAUGGAGAUGGACCGGGAAGAAUUCCAGAGGAAUAACCAGCAACUGAGGAUGCAAUUGGUCCGACUGGCAGAAAGGCCCACUAGGAUCAUCGAGCGUAUUGAGACACAUGAGCGCAUUGUGGAGAGAACUACUUGUGUAGUGUCAUAGAGAACGGGACUGACAAAGGCCAUGUCCUUUCCUGAGUGUUGAAGUAAGGUGGGAAAAAUGAGGAAUCAUGCAAACUGUACAGCCUAAUUGUACGUCUCAUAGAGCCAAAUUGUUGGACUUCUUUAUGAAGUGGAUUCAUUCCUUUUGCAAAGUGAUUAAAAGUGUGGGUUUAGCAUUAGCAGUGGCGCAGCUGUGCUCUUUUGCAUGAAUUAUUUUUCCUGUUUUUAUGUGCAUUUGCAGUACUUACGUGGACCACAGAAACAUGCUGUUUUGUAAAGCUUUAGCAAAUGUAGACUUGUUUACCACCUACAAACUCUCCAUAAAGCGGAAUAUGCAAUUGUUUCCAUCAUUUAACCCAUUGAGUAAUCAUUUUCUGGCAUCAGAUGUAAAUGCUGAGGGUGGUACAUGCUUGUAUAAUGCUGGUUUUUUCCCCUCAAUGAAAA